UUGUUGGUUUUUCGUUUUCAAUUUCAACGUUCUCAAAGGAGAGAGAAAAACAUUACAAAAGAAGGAAAAGAUAUUUUUGUUGUUUCCAACCUUUGAAGGCGCCUUCUCUUCUCUUUCUUUCUCUCUCUUUCUUCUGCAACCAAACCAAAUUAGGGUUUCUCGAUCUUCUUCAUUCCUCGCUUCUCUCACCGUUUUAGGGUUUUACCUUCCCAACACGAUUCAGGGCUGGUUCGAAGCAAUUUUGUUUGUUUUGAAGAGUAUUUAUCUGUUUCGACAAAGUGUUUUUUCGUUUUUGCUUCUUUUUAAUUGCGGCCUUCUUGUAAAGGUGUUGUUACGAUUCUGGAAAGGAGGGGUUUUUCCCUUGGAAUUUUGUGGACUGCUGUUGACAACAAGAAUUUGUGAUUGACUAUGCGAACUUCAUGGGCAGAUUUGGCUGCAAAUUCUGCAGCUGAAAAUGCAGGUCCUGGUUCUUCUGCAAACAAUGUGGGAACUGGUAGCACUUUAGCUCCUACACGACCUGUUUAUGUUCCUCCCCAUCUGAGGAACCGUCCACCAUCAGCAGAAUCCCCUGCUCCAACAUAUAGUGGGCCUUCUUCUGGUUCUGGCUCUAGUUCUGGUGCUGGAUCACGUUGGCCUGCACCCAGAAAUGAUUAUCGUUCUGGGUAUGGUGGCGGUGGGCGUGGUGGAGGAUGGGGAAACAGAAGUGUUGGAUGGGAUCGUGGCAGGGAGCGGGAAGUCAAUCCAUUUGGAGAUGAUGAUAAUGCUGAGCAGGCAUUUAGUGACCAGGAGAAUACAGGAAUAAAUUUUGAUGCGUAUGAAGAUAUUCCAGUGGAAACCAGUGGUGAUAAUGUGCCCCAACCUGUGAAUACAUUUGCAGAGAUUGACUUGGGUGAGGGACUUAAUCAGAAUAUAAGAAGGUGCAAAUAUGUGAAGCCAACACCCGUUCAGCGGCAUGCCAUACCAAUUUCCCUAGCUGGACGGGAUUUGAUGGCUUGUGCGCAGACUGGUUCUGGAAAGACAGCUGCUUUCUGUUUUCCAAUUAUCAGUGGAAUUAUGAGGGGCCAACCUGUGCAGAGGCCGCCUCGUGGGGUGCGUACAGCGUAUCCAGUUGCACUUGUUCUCUCACCGACUAGGGAGCUGUCAAUGCAAAUACAUGAAGAGGCUAGGAAGUUUUCAUACCAAACUGGGGUUAGGGUGGUUGUUGCUUACGGUGGAGCACCGAUAAACCAGCAGCUGCGGGAUCUUGAAAGAGGGGUGGAUAUUCUUGUUGCAACUCCUGGAAGACUGGUAGAUUUGCUGGAGAGAGCUAGAGUUUCACUGCAGAUGAUCAGAUAUCUGGCCUUAGAUGAGGCAGAUCGGAUGCUGGAUAUGGGUUUUGAGCCGCAAAUAAGGAAGAUUGUAGAACAAAUGGACAUGCCUCCUGCUGGUGUCAGACAGACUAUGUUGUUCAGUGCAACAUUUCCAAAAGAGAUACAGAGAUUGGCCUCUGAUUUCCUUUCAAAUUAUAUUUUCCUGGCUGUUGGAAGAGUGGGCUCAAGUACUGAUCUAAUUAUCCAAAGAGUUGAGUAUGUUCAAGAGUCUGACAAGAGAAGUCACCUCAUGGACCUUCUUCAUGCACAGAGGGCAAACGGUGUACAAGGAAAGCAAGCAUUGACUUUAGUAUUUGUGGAGACAAAGAAGGGAGCUGAUUCACUGGAACACUGGUUGUGUCUUAAUGGUUUUCCUGCUACAACUAUUCAUGGGGACAGGUCACAGCAGGAAAGAGAAAUGGCUUUAAGGUCAUUUAAAAGUGGAAACACCCCCAUAUUGGUUGCCACUGAUGUUGCGGCCCGUGGUCUUGAUAUUCCCCAUGUUGCACAUGUGGUCAACUUUGACCUGCCAAAUGAUAUUGACGAUUAUGUACACCGUAUUGGAAGAACGGGGCGAGCAGGAAAGAAAGGUCUUGCUACUGCAUUCUUUAAUGAUAACAAUUCAUCGCUAGCUAGGGCUUUAGCAGAUCUGAUGCUAGAAGCAAAUCAAGAAGUACCUGCUUGGCUCUCACGGUAUGCUGCCCGAUCUUCUUUUGGUGGAGGAAGGAACCGUCGAUCAGGAAGUGGUCGGUUUGGCAGCCGUGACUUUCGAAGGGAAGGCUCUUUUGGUAGAGGAGGUGCUUCAGAUUACUACAGUGCAGGAAACAGCGGUGGUGGAUAUGGGGGCUCUGGUGGGUAUGCUGGAGGUUAUGGUCCUGGUGUCACCAGUGCAUGGGACUGACUGUCGUCUUUUGAUUAUAGCAUUAAAUACCAUUUAGGUAUAGGUGCGGAUACACACCUACAAGAUGAUUUUUCUCCCCUUUUUGUUUUUAUGGCCUUCAAUUUACUUAUUAGUGUUCCAAGCGAUCAUCAUUUUGUACUGUUUACAAUGCUAAUCAUUAUGGGGAAUGGGGGGGGUGUAUAUGUGGUCUAGUUGCCACAUCAAUAAAGAUUGUGUAAUGUUGGUAGGUAUUGGUGAUUACUAACAUAUUAGGAGUUUCUUGUCGGCAACUUUUUGUCCCCUUUACUUUGGGUGGUAAUUUUGGUGGGUUGUAGAUUAUGCUAGGGGAGAAAUCCAGCGUUUCUUUAUAGCAACACGGUUAUCUCUCAUUCGUGCUCAUUCUAGUUUCAACCCAAUAUAUGAUGGAAUUUAUUAUUCCCCAUUCUGUUGGGCUAAGGUUUUGUAAUAUUAUAGUGGCUGAAGUGGAUGAAAAUUUCCCUGAUCGGUGUUUUCUAUUCAACAUGUCGUGUGCCUGGCUGUUAGUAUGAAACGUUGAUUAUGUUUGAAUCAUAUAUAUUAUUUAGGGAGAAAUUAAGUACACCAAGGGCGAGGUUAUCCUUAUAUACUCCCCUUUUCAAAUUAUUGUUAUGAUGAAUUUAAACAAGGGUAUGCCUGUCUUGUCAGUACUAAUAAAUAUUGGUGGUUUUUCCUCCAGUUUGGCAUUCUGAAUUGAUGAUUAUUGUUGUUCGGGCAACUAAUAUUCAUAUUUCAAAGAUUGCAUUUAUGAAAAAGUCGGAUUAGUUUUGUUUUGUCUAUUCAAGAUAGCUUGAGGUUGUUAAAGAAGUGGACCGACCAUGUAUCUAUAAUUCCAAAUUGAUGAUCAAGUCAAUAGUUACGAUUAGAAUGGAAAAAUACUAACAUGGAGAAAAAUUACGUGUAGAACGGGGCCCUCAUUUAUAGUCGUGUAGACAUGAUUUACCAUAGGGGACCUAUAAUAGUUAGUAACACUUCUUAAAUAGAAAGGUUGUAUUCAGUAUAAGACGACUAUGGUUGGGCCAUUCUUCCUGAUUGAACUUGAGCCAUGUGAAUAAAAGAGACGUUUGUUUU